CGCGGGCGUAUCCCAAUGGCCCGUGGUGGACGUCUCCUAGCUGUCUUCCUUUCAGGCGCCUCGCGGUUGCCACCGCCGCCCUCCACUACCACUGCCACCAGCGCGCAGGCGCUCCCGCGCGUGCGUCACGUCGCGAGCGCCCUCCGCCUCUUCGCUCCUCUCUUCGGCCGGGAGGGGGCACAGGCGCGCGAGGCCAAGGGGAGGAGAGAAAGUUGGAGCGCGCACGCGCAGUGGAGGCAAUCCUAUCCACGGCCGUCUAAGGAGGGAGGAGGGUGGCGGCGGAGGCAGCAGCAGCAGCGACAGCAGCACGACCCACAGCAGGUCAGCGCUCGCUCGCGGGAGGCCCUCGCCCCUUCUCUCUCUCGGUUGGGCCAGGUGCGGCCUGCUCCUCCCCAUCCUCCUCCGCCUCCUGGCUUCGGUCUCCGCCUUCUGUCACUGGGGGGUCGCCGCCUCCCCCUCAGUGCGCGCGCGCGCUGGGCCUCCCCAUUCGCCUCAGCAGCAGCAGCAGCAGCAGCAGCAACCUCCGCUGCCGCCGCCGCCGCCUCGUCGUUCUCCUCAACCACCUUCUCUUGCCGUCUCGCUGCCGCCGCUGCGAUGCCGGAGAAGCGGCCCUUCGAGCGGCUCCCGGGCGAGGUGCGCCCCAUCAAUUACGGGCUCUGCCUCAAGCCUGACCUUAUCGACUUCACCUUCGAGGGGAAACUCGAGGCCGCCGUGGAGGUGAAGCAGGCGACUAAUCAGAUUGUGAUGAAUUGUGCUGACAUCGACAUCAUUACAGCUUCCUAUGCACCGGAGGGAGAUGAAGAAAUCCAUGCAACAGGAUUCAACUACCAGAACGAAGAUGAAAAAGUGACACUCUCUUUUCCCAGCACACUUCAAAAAGGAAUGGGGACGUUAAAAAUAGAUUUUGUUGGAGAGCUGAAUGAUAAAAUGAAAGGCUUCUAUCGAAGUAAAUACACCACCCCUUCUGGAGAUAUUCGCUAUGCUGCUGUUACCCAGUUUGAGGCUACAGAUGCUCGGAGGGCCUUUCCUUGCUGGGAUGAGCCAGCCAUCAAGGCAACCUUUGAUAUCUCAUUGGUGGUUCCUAAAGAAAGGGUAGCUUUGUCGAAUAUGAAUGUCACUGAUCGGAGGCCCUACCCUGAUGAUGAAAACCUGGUGGAAGUGAAAUUUGCCCGAACUCCUGUGAUGUCAACAUAUCUUGUUGCUUUUGUGGUUGGAGAAUAUGACUUUGUUGAGACCAGGUCCACUGAUGGCAUAUUAGUCCGUGUUUACACUCCAGUUGGCAAAGCAGAACAAGGAAAGUUUGCAUUAGAGGUUGCUGCUAAAACGCUGCCUUUUUAUAAGGAUUACUUCAAUGUUCCUUACCCUCUCCCUAAAAUUGAUCUCAUAGCUAUUGCAGACUUUGCAGCUGGUGCCAUGGAGAACUGGGGCCUUGUUACUUAUAGGGAAACUGCACUGCUGAUAGAUCCCAAAAACUCCUGUUCCUCCUCCCGCCAAUGGGUGGCUCUCGUCGUGGGCCAUGAACUUGCUCACCAGUGGUUUGGGAACCUUGUGACUAUGGAAUGGUGGACCCAUCUAUGGCUCAAUGAGGGCUUUGCAUCCUGGAUUGAGUACCUCUGUGUGGACCAUUGUUUUCCAGAAUACGAUAUCUGGACACAAUUUGUUUCUGCCGAUUACACACGAGCUCAGGAGCUGGAUGCCUUAGACAACAGUCACCCUAUUGAAGUCAAUGUGGGCCAUCCAUCUGAAGUAGAUGAAAUAUUUGAUGCAAUCUCUUACAGCAAGGGUGCGUCAGUAAUUCGAAUGCUACAUGACUACGUUGGGGAUGAGGACUUCCGGAAAGGAAUGCACCUCUACCUUACCAAGUUUCAACAUAAGAAUGCAGCUACAGAGGAUCUUUGGGAAAGCCUGGAACAAUCGAGUGGUAAACCUAUUGCUGCUGUGAUGAAUACAUGGACCAAGCAAAUGGGGUUUCCACUUGUUUAUGUGGAGGCGGAACAGCGAGAAGAUGAAAAAGUGUUGAAGCUAGUCCAGAAGAAAUUCUGUGCCAGCGGACCAUUUAGUGGGGAUGGUAACCCUCAGUGGAUGAUACCAAUCAGCAUCUGUACAAGUGAAGACCCAACCCAUGCCAAAAUGCAAGUGUUGAUGGACAAGCCCGAAUUGACGUUGGUUUUGAAAGAUGUGAAGCCAGAGCAGUGGGUGAAGCUGAACCUGGGAACGGUAGGGUUUUACCGUACACAAUACAGUUCUGACAUGCUGGAGAGUUUGCUCCCAGCUAUCCGUGACCUCUCCUUACCCCCUGUGGACAGGUUGGGGCUGCAGAAUGAUCUUUUUUCUUUGGCCCGAGCUGGAAUUAUUAGCACUGUAGAGGUUCUAAAAGUCAUGGAAGCAUUUGUGAAUGAGCCCAACUAUACCGUAUGGAGCGACCUGAGCUGUAACCUGGGGAUUCUCUCGACUCUCUUGUCCCACACAGACUUCUAUGAGGAGAUCCAGGCGUUCGUCCGUGAUAUAUUUUCACCCAUAGGAGAGAAGCUGGGCUGGGACCCCAGACCUGGCGAGGGCCAUCUAGAUGCACUUCUGAGGGGUUUAGUUCUGGGCAAGCUAGGAAAAGCCGGCCAUAAGGCAACCGUGGAAGAAGCUCGGCGCCGGUUUAAGGACCACGUGGAAGGGAAGCACAUCCUCUCCGCUGAUCUGAGAAGUCCUGUAUAUGUAACUGUUUUGAAGCAUGGUGACAGUACAACCUUAGACACUAUGCUAAAGCUCCAUAAGCAAGCUGAUAUGCAGGAAGAGAAGAACCGAAUAGAACGUGUACUUGGCGCAAUAUCUCAGCCGGAGUUAAUACAGAAAGUUCUCACUUUUGCACUUUCAGAAGAGGUACGUCCUCAGGAAACAGUAUCUGUCAUUGGAGGGAGUGCGGGAGGCAGCAAGCAGGGCAGGAAAGCUGCCUGGAAGUUUGUCAGAGACAACUGGGAGGAAGGAACUCUAUAUCGCUACCAAGGUGGGUUCUUAAUAUCCCGGCUAAUAAAGCUAUCGGUGGAUGGAUUUGCAAUGACAAAAUGGCCUGCAGAGGUUAAGGCUUUCUUUGAGAGUCACCCAGCUCCGUCAGCUGAGCGCACCAUCCAGCAGUGCUGUGAAAACAUUCUGUUGAACGCUGCAUGGCUGAAGCGCGAUGCCGAAAAUCUCCACCAGUACCUCCUGCAGCGCAAGGCCUCACCGACUGCUGUGUGAGCCCACCCUCACCCCACCUCUGACAUCCCAACUGCUGUGGCCCAACUGCCUCGGUGCGAGGAGGAGGAGCUGCUACCCGACAGCUGAAUCAUACGCCAAGGAAAUUGGAGUCUUUUCUCAAACCAAGGGGAUUGGACAAUGAAUGUAGUUAACUGGUUCCUGCUCACACUCCAGAACUAAAUUCUAUUAAAAAAAAUUAUCAACAAUUCAGCAAAAACAGAAACACCCUGUAAAUAUAAUGGUAAUAAAAUAGAGGAUAACAAAACUGUGAAACUUCCUUAAGCCUUGUCAGUGGUCAAAAUAUUUAACACCCCUCCUUUCUUUACACUUACUGAUGAUUUUUUAACCACCCCUCUCCCAUUUUCUAAAAAAAGAAGAAGCAGAAGCAGGGAAACCAGUGGUUUCUAGGCAAGUUGAAUUCUGUGGCACGUCGAGGGCAGGAAUAGGUUAAUGCCUCUGAGCACGCCAGAGAGCACACUACAAGACAGCAAAAACAUGUACGUGUUUUGUGGAUUGGUUCAAUAAUGAAAGGCAGCUUGGCACACAACCCAGUGGGUAGUGCCGAGUUGUGUGUUUCUGGAGAUGUCCUGUAAUCUCAGAUUAUAUUUGAAGGCUUGUAAGAGUCCUGCCCUUCCCAAUCUCUUGUGUCACUAUCUUUUGAGGGAAGGAGAAAUCAAAUAUUCUGUCUCUGCCUGCCCCCCUCUUCUUUUAAUUUCAUUUGCUGAUGUCCUUCUUAGAGAUUUAAAAAAACAACACAACCCUGUAUGAAAACAUCUUUUUCAGCCACAUGAAAAAAAUAAAAAUAAACAAUUCAUGGCACCUUUUUCUCAUUAUUUAAUUAUAUCCUCCCACUGCAUGCAAAUAAAGAUUUAGUACUGUGACUGGAUCCUUCUGGGCCGCUGUUACGGCUGGCCCCCUUUAUGCAUAACACUGUAGUUUGUCUGAAAGACUCACCCUGUUUGAAAACCAAAACACCACCCCUAAAUUCCUUGUGACUGCAGCUUUCCAACCCCUUCCCCCCCUUUCUUUGGUGACGUUUGGUAAUUUGAUUCAGAAGCCUUAAAACUUGUACUAGCUGGCAUGAUGAUGAAAUUCUCAGUUGUGUGCCAUCAGUUGCUUACCAGAGUAGCAUGUUCCUGCUAACCAGAUUUCAAACCGACACCACUCCUCCCACAGACGUUUACAGUUCCCUUUUUUAAAAGCACCUUUUUAAAAAGGAAUUCAUAUUUGGUGUGGCUUUAACUGUUAUUUCAGAAGGUCAUCAGAUACUAGCUGUCAAACUGCUUCCCUGGAAACACAUUUUUUGUGCUAUUGUUUUAAAAGAAAAACAAAAGGAAAAAAUUCAGACAAGUUGGCGUUAAUAAAAGGAAAGUCAAUGUGAAA